CCCCUGUGUGCGGUUUAGCAUAUUGUUUAGUACUACUCCAAAAAAUGAGGACCCAAUGUGACUAUGUACUGAACAAAAUACGUUUUAAAAUCUAUUUUUAAGAGAAGUUUAAUAAGUUUGAGUUAAAAGUGCAGCAGAAUAGAGUUUAUAUAAAGAAAAGUGUAAUUUAUGGCUACAUUUUUUAGAUGUUCAGACGUCUUAUAUUUGAGUCUUGCCGCUGGAUGUUACCGUUAAAAAGUGUUGUGGUCACGUGACAAAAAAGUAAAGUUGUACAAUUUUAAAUUUUGUACUGGUAGGCGAUGUGAUUUCCAUUACUUUUUAGUUGAGUUACGAUGCAAAUAUGCAAAAUAAUUCCGUCAGAAAUGUAAACGCAGGGCUACGAACAGUUAAAGUCAGCGGUGAAACAAAACAAGCAGGUAAAGCUCCAAACAACAGGAGGUUUCUUUACAGAGUUGGAUAUAACUGGAACAAAGGUGGAAGGCUCAAGGAACUAAGAAUCAGGCAUUUGGCAAGAAAGUUUCUAAACAUAUGGAAACGCAACACUUUUGGCCAAAUUCUCCCCCAACAAGUCAGGUUGCACUACAAACGUGGACUACUAAAACGAGCUUUGAAGGCAUGGAAAGAUGAGUGGUGGAUCUCCAGAAGGGAAUGGAUCUUUACUGUGCAAGCAGAGUGUCACUACAGGUACUACUUGUACAUUUGGACAUUUCGCCACUGGAGAAAAUCAGCAUCGUUGAGAAAGGAGAAAAAGGAAAAAGCUCAAAAAGCGCAGUUAUCGGCGGACAGGCAGUUAAUGCAUUCAGUUUGGAGCAGAUGGAGAGCGUUCAUAGAGGUGAUGAGAAUGCAUUGCCAAAAUGUAGAUUCAGCUGUUGAGCAGAAGAGGCUCUCAACCAUGCACUCACUGUGGAGUUUGUGGCAGACUAGACUACAGAAACAGCAAGAUCUCAAGAUGCUAGAGAAGCAAGUGUUGAAACGGAGAGCAAGGACUUCACAAAGCAAAGCUUGGCUUCUUUGGAAAAAGAUGCACAGAUUUGCACUCUACCAGAGGAAGAAAGAAGAGAAAGCCAAUCUUUAUGCCAUUCAAAGACUGAAGAGAAAAUCCAUGUGUCUCUGGACAAGUUACACAUCGUUUCGCCAAACCAAGAAAAUCUCCCAAGCUGUGGCUCAGCACGCUCAUCGUCUGUACUUGCUGAGGAAGUCCUGGCAUAAAUGGAUUAAUGCACUGAGCAUCAAACGGAGGGACGAGAUCCACAUGGAAGCUGCAAGUCUGUGGGCUGUCCGACGCACUCAGCGUAGAACCAUAGCGCUCUGGAAAGCUUAUGUGAUGCUCUGCAGGGACAAAGCAGAAAGAAAAGAUUUAGCGACUCGACAUUUCCAGAAUCAUUUACUGAGUGCCGGUCUGCAGGGUUUUUCUCUCAACGUCAAGCGGAAAAAAGAUCAUCGACUGAACAAAAACAUGGCUGUGCAGCACCGUCAGCAAAGACUGAUAAUCAAGUACUGGAGACUGUGGAAUGACCGAGUGGAGGAAGCUGAAGAUCGGAGUUUUCAAUCACAAACUGCGAUAGCAGUCGGCAAAUACAGAGCCUUUCUUUUAAGGAGCCGUUUCCAUCACUGGAUAGGAAAACUUGUUGAAAACAGACGCAUGCAGAAACUGGAGCUUGAUGCAGAAGUGUGGUUUGCUGAGCGCAUGUUACCUCGCUGUUUGAGCUCUUGGUUGGAGUUCACUCAGCAGAGACGGCUUUGCAAACAGAGAAAACACAAAGCUGAGACCUAUAAUCGACAACGCCUUUGUACCUGGGUGUUUUACAGCUGGUUGGCAAAGACAGAGCAGCGACAGGAGGAGGCGCUCUCUGAGAGGAUGGCGAUUCCUUAUCAGGAGAGAUGCCACCUGCUGAGGACGUGGAAAAGAUGGAGAGAACGCACACGAGAGAAGGUCAAAGAAGCAGCCAAACAGGAGGCCUCGCGGCGUCUGCACGCUCACAGACUUCUGCACAAGAUGAUGAUGCAGUGGAAGGACAACAGCGCUGAGAUACGAGAGCGAAGAAACCGAGAGCUGCAGCUCUGUCUACGGAGAGACAUGAACUGUUUGCGAGUUUCUGUGGAAAAAUGGAAAAAGUUUGUUCAGAUCCAAAGAGCGAGGAAAAGCAGGCUGAAGGAGAUUCACUAUCAUCAUGAAGUAAAGCUGCUCAAACACUUUUUUAUGGCUUGGAAGAAACAUUACCUGCAGAUAUCUCAGAUCGUUGAACUUUCGAAGGAGCAUUUCAGGCAGCAGACUCACCGUUUUCUCAGAGAAGUUUUCGUUGUGUGGUGGGAGAAAGCCUCCCUCCUGGUGGAGACCAGAGCUGCAGAGCGGCAAGCAGAGAAGCACUUCAAGAAUGUUCUUCGGCUGAAGGUGUUUGUUGCCUGGAGAGAAGCAGCAGCACAUGCAGUGUCUAAGCGUCACCAGCAGGGGGAGAUGGUCAGCAAAGCUCAGUGUUCCAUUAAUCAAAAUCGACUGCUGCGCUCCUUCAGACAGUGGAGGAAACGAACGAGGGAUGCUCGCAGAGAGAGGGCGAGCAUGGAAAAAGCUAAACGCCACCAUAACUCCACAACCCUUUCCAAAGCGAUGGGAAUGUGGAAGACGCAUCAGUCACAGCUCAGGAAGAAAAAGGUCAUGAAACGACAAGGAAAUCUGUUGCUGAGAUUGAAGCUGUACCAGACGUACUUUGAACUGUGGAAAACAAAGCUGCAGCGCAGACGGAACGAGGCGAAGCAGACGGAGAGAGCCCUCUGGCACUGGUCUCUCACUCUGCAGGCUAAGGUGUUGUCUGAAUGGAGGCUGCUGGCCUCAGAGCAGCGCAGCAGGCGAGACGAGUCGGUCAAAGCUGCUCAGAUCUACAGAGACCAGCUGCUGAGGGAGGGCGUGGCGUGCAUCCUCACGUACGCAGCGCACAUGAGUGACCUCACCACCAGCCUGACGCACUUCCACCAAAAACAAAAGAUUCAGGAUCUCCAUAAAGUUGUUAGACGUUGUGCUAUGAGGUGGAAGCAGCGCGCCCUCUCCAAACCCCCGAAGGAGAAAAACGUCCAACCAGUGAAAAAGAGCGUGACUUUCUGUCUGACUGAACGCACCAGCAUCAUUUCAUCUGAUAUAACCGACCACGCAGCUGAGGAUGAACGUGACGUCCAACAUCAGGACCUCCUCCUUCCUCCGUCUGCUUUCAUGAUCCCAAAGAACACGUUGGGGAACCUCAGCAGCUCUGAUGCUCUGAUGCCUCUUCAUCAGUUCAACUCUCCAAUAACGAGUCUCUCAUCCACUCAUCCAGAAACAGCACAGGCGAGUGAACCGGAUAAAGAUGCUUCCACCCUGACGAGAGAGCUCCUCCACAUCCAGCUGGACAUGAAGAGCUUCCAGCAAAGCAGGAAACAGCUGCGGGCGUGGCGGAAGCUGAGGGAGGUUUUACAGAGCUGGCUGCAGAUGAGCGGAGGUGAAGACGAAGAGAAAGAGGCCGUCUCUGAAGAGCUGAAGGAGCUGGAAGAGCGCAUCGACAGACGUUCCACUGAGCUGGAAAAACAGAAGCCGGCGAUGCUCCUCUAUGCUCAGAGAAUCCAGCAGUUGCAGUCCGCCCUCUGCGCCUCAGGAGUUUCGAUUCUUCAUGAAUCGAACGUUGAAGACCAUCGCGUCACAUGACUCCAGCAUUUGUUUCUCUUUUUUCGCUUUCCUCGUCGUUUCUGUUAAUCUGAAAGUCUGUCUUUAGAUGUGGGAAAGCGUGUGUGCCUGCACCUCUAUCUCAAACGGUGGAUGCAGAUGGUGAAUAAUAUCUUCCAUAUGUGUGCAUAAAGUGACUCGACUGUUUUCAGAGAAUUUGCUCUUGCGCAAUAAGGUUUUCCUCCUUUUUUUUCUCGUUUGUACGAUACUUUUUGGGAAAACUUGAGAUCUCAGACUUCUCUGCUGCACGCCUUUCAUUCAUGGCAGUUCAAAAUGCAAGGACUUUACUCUUCUUUUCUGGUUUUUAUCCUUUGUGUCAGCUGCAUUGGGGGUAAGUGUUGUUAUUGGAGUUUCUAAAUAAAGAGGUGAUGUAUUUUUUUUUAAA